AUGCCUCGUUCCGAUGAGACAUUGGCUGCUGCCACCGCUAUUAUACGCGGCUUAGCCAAAGGCUCGACUACAAAUCCCUCCUUUACCAAUGGUCUCAAGUUACCGCCCUUGAUUCUCCCCGGCGAAACCUCUUCUACAAAGGAUGAAUUCGAAGCCGAAAUUGCCGCACUUGCUCGACGUAUCAACUAUUUAGAGUCGAGAGCUGAUAUUGUCAGCCGCUCACUUCCCGAUACUCCAGGUGAAUUUCAAAGUCCUGCUUCGCCAUCAUCACGUCCCAACGAUACUCGCAGUCCUUUUGGAGAGCCGUACACUGAUUCCCCCUUAGCUGCCUCCGAAAGACAGCACUCGAAUUCCACCCAUUCGAAACGAGUCAACAAUCUCCUGGCUGCCCGCGAAACCGUCGUCUCCUCAGAACCAGGUCGAACCGUCAGCGAGGAAGAUAUCGGUGUCCUUCGCGAACAUGUUGAAAAGCAAGCAGAUCAGAUCAGGUCGCAGAGAGAAACAAUCACAGAGAUCAGUCGCGGCUUGAGAAAUUCAGAGGAACAGGCCAAACAAGCUUUCAUGCGCGUAGAAAAUGAAGACGUUUCCCUUCUCGAGCGCGAACUUCGGAAGCAUCAACAAGCAAAUGAGGCCUUCCAAAAGGCUCUACGAGAAAUCGGCGACAUCAUCACACAAGUGGCCAAUGGCGAUUUGUCCAAGCGUGUACAAAUCCAGGCCACGGAAAUGGACGAAGAGAUUGCCACCUUUAAAAUGACCAUAAAUACCAUGAUGGAUCAGCUGGAAGUUUUUGGUAGUGAAGUCUCCCGAGUUGCCCGAGAAGUCGGAACGGAAGGCAUCUUGGGCGGUCAGGCUCAAAUCUCGGGCGUGCAUGGUGUUUGGAAAGAAUUGACCGAAAACGUGAAUAUUAUGGCAGCCAACUUGACCGAUCAGGUCAGAGAAAUUGCCAUUGUCACAAAGGCCGUUGCCUGUGGCGAUUUGAGUCAGAAAGUCCAAAGUCGGGCUGGUGGUGAGAUAUUUGAACUUCAGCAUACUAUCAACACCAUGGUCGACCAAUUAAGGACGUUUGCCACAGAGGUCACACGAGUUGCUACUGAUGUAGGUACCGAAGGUGUACUCGGAGGACAAGCUCAGAUCGAUGGAGUGCAGGGCACAUGGAAUGAUUUGACCAAAAGUGUCAACGCCAUGGCAGACAACUUGACUACGCAGGUCAGAGAUAUUGCCACCGUCACCACCGCUGUCGCAAAGGGUGAUUUGACCAGGAAGGUCACGGCCAGCUGUAAAGGCGAAAUUCUACAAUUGAAAAUCACCAUCAACAACAUGGUCGACCAAUUACAACAAUUUGCGCAGGAAGUCACCUAUUUGGCGAAAGAAGUCGGAACGAACGGUGUUCUCGGAGGUCAGGCAACCGUCCAUGAUGUUGAAGGUGUCUGGAAAGACUUGACAGAGAACGUGAAUGGCAUGGCCAUGAAUUUGACCACACAAGUACGAGAAAUCGCCGCAGUGACCACUGCUGUAGCCAAUGGAGAUUUGUCAAAGAAGGUCACAGCUGAUGUCCAAGGAGAAAUCCUGGACCUCAAAGUGACGAUCAAUUCAAUGGUCGACAGGCUGAACACCUUUGCAUUUGAGGUCAGCAAAGUCGCACGAGAAGUCGGCACAGAUGGCACGCUGGGUGGGCAGGCAAAAGUCGACAAUGUUCAAGGUAAAUGGCGCGAUCUCACCGACAACGUCAACACCAUGGCAUCCAAUUUGACAGCCCAAGUCCGCAGCAUCUCCGAUGUCACCCAAGCUAUUGCGGCCGGAAAUCUGGACAAGAAGAUUGAUGUAAAGGCACAAGGAGAAGUCCUCACACUCAAGGUAACCAUCAACAAUAUGGUUGACCGUUUAGCCACAUUCGCACACGAACUACGACGAGUUGCAAGGGAUGUGGGUGUCAAUGGAGUGAUGGGUGGGCAGGCAAAUGUCCACGAUGUGAGUGGUCGUUGGAAGGAAAUCACCGAGGAUGUCAAUACCAUGGCUGAAAACUUGACUGCCCAAGUUCGAGCGUUUGGCGAAAUCACAGAUGCAGCCACCGAGGGUGACUUCUCUAAAUUGAUCAGCGUCAAUGCCAUGGGCGAAAUGGACGAGCUGAAACGAAAACUCAAUCAGAUGAUAUCCAAUCUACGGGACAGUAUACAACGAAAUACUGCGGCUCGAGAAGCUGCCGAAUUGGCCAACCAGACCAAGUCGGAAUUCCUAGCCAACAUGUCACACGAGAUCAGAACUCCAAUGAAUGGUAUCAUCGGAAUGACUCAACUGACCUUGGAUACUGACGAACUCAAGCCUCAUUCUCGUGAGAUGCUCAACACUGUACACAACCUCGCUAACAGCCUGUUGACGAUCAUUGACGAUAUUCUCGACAUUUCAAAGAUCGAGGCCAACCGUAUGGCGAUUGAAGCGAUACCUUAUACCAUCAGGGGAACUGUUUUCAACGCUCUAAAGUCUUUGGCAGUCAAGGCGAACGAGAAAUCUCUGGAUCUUGCGUUUGAAAUUGACAAUUCGGUGCCGGAUUAUGUGGUUGGUGACCCAUUCCGACUGAGGCAGAUCCUUUUGAACCUGGUCGGAAACGCCAUCAAAUUCACCAAUCAAGGUGAAGUGAAGGUCACAAUCAAGAAAUCCAAGGAUCUGAUAUCGACCUGUGCGCCAGACGAGUUUCCUUUCGAGUUCGUUGUUUCGGAUACCGGUAUUGGUAUUCAAUCUGACAAGCUGGACUUGAUCUUCGACACCUUCCAGCAAGCCGAUGGAUCAACGACAAGGAAGUUCGGCGGCACUGGUCUAGGUCUGUCCAUUUCGAAACGUUUGGUCAAUCUUAUGGGUGGAGCAGUUUGGGUCACCUCAAGUUUUGGACGCGGAAGUGAAUUUCACUUCUCCUGCAUCGUGAAAUAUGCAACGGAAGACAUUGCGGUUAUCAGUUCCCAGCUCUACCCUUUCCGGGCACACAAGGUUCUGGUUGUCGACAAGGGUUCCUCAAGCUUUUUCGAGCAUGUUCCCAAAUUGAUGGAAGGCCUCGGUCUUCAGUGUCUUGUGGUCAAAGACGUCGCUGAUGUACCCGAUCCAGUUAGUGACAAAAGAGCGAAAUCCAUUGAUGGUGGGUACGAUGUGAUUGUCAUUGAUGAGCUUCAAACGGCGCAGACACUGCGACAAUUUGAGAAGUUCAAAUACAUGCCGAUGGUUCUCUUGAAUCCAACAGUAUCUAUUAGCCUCAAAACGGUUCUAGACUUGGGCAUUGCCUCAUACAUGACCACUCCAUGCCAACUCAUCGACCUUGGCAAUUGUAUGAUUCCUGCUCUGGAAGGUCGAUCGACACCGAUCAUCAAAGACUACAAAAAGUCAUUCAACAUAUUAUUGGCCGAGGACAAUGAAGUCAAUCAAAAAGUGGCAAUCAAAAUCCUCGAAAAAUAUAAUCAUGUUGUGACGGUGGUUGGAAAUGGCUUGGAAGCAUUCAAUGCCAUCAAGGACAAUCGAUUCGAUGUGGUGUUGAUGGAUGUGCAGAUGCCGGUCAUGGGAGGAUUUGAAGCUACACGAGAGAUCCGACAAUAUGAACGGGAAACCGGACUCAGUCGAACGCCGAUCGUAGCACUCACAGCCCAUGCCAUGUUGGGUGAUCGAGAGAAGUGUAUCCAAGCACAAAUGGACGAAUAUCUCUCGAAGCCUCUGAAGCAGAACUUGUUAAUGCAAACGAUCCUCCGGGUAGCAUCCGAUGGAGUGACUGCAAUGUUCAACAAGCAGGCGCGAGAAAAAUCGAUUGGUGGCGAACCAGUACCGCUACAGCUUCCAGUCAACGAGGAAGAUACCAACCCAGCUUCUCCGCCCCGGCCACAAUUUGCAGAACGGUCGAUAACCACGUCUGGACCAGUGGUUCACGGCAGUGCAGAAAGUCCUUCGGUAGCCAAUGAUGGACAACCUGAUCCAAUGAUCGGAAUUAAUAGUUUACUAUUACGAUCUCACAGCCAGUAG